AUUACUCGUUAUAGUUAUUAAUAUAUUGGACAUGAAAGAGUGUUGAUGAAAGAAUAAAAUUAAUCAUUUAAGUGUGAAUGUCGUGUAAUUUAUUUCAGAUUGGUCGACUGUUGUCAGUUUAGCCAAUAAUUAAGAUAUUUAUUAUUAAUAUUAUUAUGUGACACUACAGUACAAGAUGUUUUAAAAAUGCACUGGGAUGGCUGUGCUGACAUCCUGUGGUUAUAUCAAGCAAGUGCAGUUUUGACAGAUUUGCUUUAGUUUCUUUUGAUAGUGUUUAUCAGACUUACAUAAAUAACUAUAGAGCAAACACCUUAUUUUAAAUGUUACGUUACACGUUGUUCUGUGUCUAAAUAAAAUGACAAGACGGUUUCUCAAGCGAUCGUUUACCCCGCGUGUCCUCAGGCGGCUUUUAGUUUGGGGCUUUUAUUUUGACACGGAAUCGCGAGGCGGGCUGUACACGAUAUAAUGCUACAACACGAAUACAAUGCUGCGACCUGAAUUAAUUGAACUUUUGCGGUCUGCGACACCAACAAGUCCUGCAGAAAAGCUACCGGUGACCGAAAACAGGGAAUCUGAGCGGCAUGGUUUACAACCACGAGAAAGAGGGGACGAAAACGCCGUUUCACCCUUUGACUUCAGACCUCAACGACUUCGGUUCGCUGUAGAAGAUGAAUAUUUUGAGGAUGGGGACAUACACAGGCACAUGUACCUACAGGAUGUCGUGACGGCUAUUGCAGACGACGAACAUCCUCCGACCGUGUCUGAGUUCAGAUGUCACGUUGCGGGAUGCAGGCAGUUAUCUGACUCUUUGGAGGCCUAUGAACACCACUACAACUCGUUACAUCGCAACGUGUGCUCCGGCUGCAAGCGCUCGUUCCCGUCCAACCGACUGCUGGAGAUGCACAUCCUGGAGUGGCACGACUCCCUCUUCCAGGUCAUGGCAGAGAAACAAAGCAUGUAUGAGUGCUUGGUUGAGGGAUGUGGACUGAAAUUCAAAACAAGCCAAGAGAGGAGAGAUCAUCUUGUCAGGACACAUAGUUAUCCAGCGGACUUCAGAUUUGACAAAGCAAAGAAAAGCGGAAGAACACGAGAAAAAAAGACCCAACAGCGGAAGGAUGCAAACAUGGAGGUUGAAACGGCAACUAUUCACCAAGAAAGCGAGUCGAUGGACUUCUCCUUGACCCCAGAGCCAGAAAGCGCGAAGACUGUAGAAACAGAACCAAUGCAGACAGCUGAUCUAAAGCCACGAUAUGCCUACAAGGUUCCAUCAUCCAUUUGCUUCGGUCAAGGCUCAGUCAGAGGCUUCAGAGGAAGAAGGAAGAAGUAGUCCAACGCUUUUAUUAAAUGCAAACAGUUUACCACGUUUACUUGGUGUCGCAUUUGUUUGUCCAGAGCGAUAUUUUUGUAAUAAAACUUAUAAGCAAGUCUUUAAAAA